UAUAUUUACUGUUGCUGUUCAUUUAUAGCGGGUUUGGUGUAACUGCGCAUUGCUGCACCAUCUGGAAGAAUGUCAACAGCUGAUCUCAGCAUGCAGCCUCGGUCGGUGCAGGAUCUAAUCCGGAUUGUGGGAUGUUUUUAUCGGAGCCAGUGAAUGAGUCUUUGUCUGUUUGAAUCCUUGGACUCUUGUCUCGGGUUUUAUUGUGUUUACAGGCUGCAGUCAAACCUCUAAACGCGUCUCGUGGCAUUAAAUAAUAGUAAUAAUAGAGUUAAAUCAUGAUUCUGUCGAUGAACACUGGAGGACAAACCUUUUGUUUCUGCAUUUCAAGCAGCUGACAUGUAAAGCUCCUGCUGGAGCAGCUGGCGCGGACCGCAUAUGAUGAUGAUGAUGAUGAUGAUGAUGCUGAGGCUGUGGAGAUGAGCGGUAUUAAUAGGAGGGCUUGAGUGUCACAGGCUUUCACUGUUGAGACCUGGGGGUCUGGUGGAGAGUCGGUGGACCGGGUUUGGGGGGGCUUCACGAUCCACACUGCGCAGUUGGAAUAAACGCAACUAAAGCCAGAGACUGUGUGGCUGUCAGACAAUAACAUGGAAGUGCUUGCAGCUCUUAAUUUGGGCGACUUUGCCCAAAUUUUCUCCAAAAUGGGAAUGUUUCCGGUGUUUGAUCUCGCUUAUUACAUCGUGUCUAUCCUCUACCUCAAGUAUGAGCCAGGCUCGGUGGAGGUUUCUCGCAGGAGUCCCGUGGCCUCCUGGCUCUGUGCCAUGCUCUACUGCUUCGGUAGUUACAUCCUGGCAGACAUCAUGCUUGGAAGCAGCCCCAUCGACUAUUUCCAACACAACAGCCACAUCCUGCUGGCCUCAGCUGUCUGGUACCUCAUCUUUUACUGCCCUCUGAACCUCUUCUAUAAAUGCGUGGCUUUCCUGCCCGUCAAGCUGGUGUUGGUCGCCCUGAAGGAAGUCGUCCGCACUCGUAAGAUCGCCGCCGGCGUUCACCACGCCCACCACGCCUACCACCACGGCUUCUUCAUCAUGGUCCUCGUUGGAUACGUCAAAGGGUCUGGAGUGGCUCUCAUUUCCAAUUUUGAGCAGCUGCUGCGCGGUGUGUGGAGGCCCGAGACCAACGAGAUCCUCAACAUGUCAUUCCCGACCAAAGCCAGUCUGUACGGAGCCAUCCUCUUCACCCUGCAGGAGGCUCACUGGCUGCCAGUGUCCAAGAGCACCCUCAUCCUCCUCUUCACCCUCUUCAUGGCCACAAGCAAGGUGUUCAUGACCGCUCGCCACUCUCACGGCUCCCCCUUCGCCCUCAUUGAGUCGUGGGUCUGCCACCUGCUGUUCGGCUCCCCGCUGGGCGGAUCGGAGGAAGACCACCACCACGCCCCCGCCGGCGCCCCGUCUUCACCUCUCAAAACCAAGGAGGAGCUGAGCGAAGGCGGCCGCAAGAGGAAGGCCAAGAAAGCGGAGUAGGACGGCGAGCUGAGAACUGCACAUGAUGGGACCUCCCAUUCCUUUCUGGGGAGAGGGGCAGUUUGAUGCUCAGCCAAAUGAGACCCUUUCUAUUAGAGCAAUAUGGUGCUUUCUGCUUUUUACACAGAACGAGGACACUGUAAAUACCACGGCAAACGUUUCACUCUUCAGCCCAACCUGGACGUUAAAACCUAUUUAUUGAUGUUUGUGAACAUCUGCAUCAGGCUCAGCUCUGACUGGAGAUCCUCCUCCAGGAGGGCUCGAUGCUUCAGUAGCUGUGUUAGCGGGUGCCAGUGAUUUUCUUUAAGUCCACCAAACCUUACUUAAGCUCAGAAAGAAAACAGAAAAUACAAAUUAAUUUUACUGUCAAUAAGAAAUUCAAAUGUGAAUAAAGCAUUGUGUGAGAGAACAUUGCUGCUUUUUACAUUGAGAUGAGGACAACUUCCUGUCUGGAAAUAAAAUCAAG